UCCCCCUUCCCCGCCCUACCCCUGCAAGGGGCGUCGGGGGCACCGCUCCGGAGGACAGGAGCACGUCCCAGACCCACGCCCUCACCCCGACUCCCCGGGACCCGGCUGGCCGCGGCCGCCAUACCCCGGCCGCUCGUUAUCCGCACGCCGCCGCCCCUGGCCCGGCUGCAGGGGACUCCCCCUGUGGGCCUCGCGGUGUCCCUCGUUGUCCUUCGCCCAGUGGCGCAGGCAGGGCUUUUGCCCCCGCUGACGGGCCUGAGAACGGAGUCUUUGCCCUCCUCUCCCCGCCGCGAUCUCCAUUCCCGUCGCCAGAACGAACCGAGUCUCCCUGCCCCUCCUCUGCAGCCCCGUGACGCAGCCGGUUUUAUUUCUGUUGUGAGACUAGCGGCUAACGCUCGCUUUGGGCCUUCUUUUUAGGACUAGAGAUUGCUGAGAGGUAGACAGGGGCGCCGGGCCUGACAACGGGCGCACCGGAAGCCAGCCGAGCCUCCGUGUGCCUUCUCAGGAUCCCUGCGUUGUCGCUAGCGGCUUCUCUUCUCGGUUUGGUUUGGUUCGGUUUGGGUACCCGGGGCUCUGGGAAAACCAAACACCGAAUCGCUCUUACGCGGCCGGGGUUACUGUCAGGCAGCACCAGCCUCUCAGCAGCGGGGAUUCAGAGAAGAACGCGCUGCACAGUGGCUCCAUCAGCCAUCGUGCUCCUCUGAGAGGCUCUUCGUGCUGAGUCACCAUAUCCUCCGUCCACUUCAUUAGGUGGGCAGAACUUCUGUGCGCGGUGCCAGUGGCUCCUGACCGCUCCUGACUGCCGGGAGGGGUGGGUACCCUAGCCAGAUGUCUGCUUAACAUUCGGAAAAGAGUGGAAAGGCCCCGACCCCAUCCCGGCGCUGGCCUUCAGCAGCCAGUCGGCAGCCCCUGCAGUAAACUGAGUGAGACGUGCCCCCGCCGGGCGCUUCUUGGGAAAGGCCUGUGGAGUUAGGUUCCUCCAGCGGGGGGCUGUUGUGUUGAUGGAGCAUGUGCGUUUCCCCAAGCCCAUCUUUAUCAGGGUCCCUUGUUAAAACGGCAGACCUGCUCCCGGCCAGGUGCCCAUUUACCCACUGAUCGAUCCUUGAGGCCGUGCCCUCUGGGGCACGCACAUGGCAGGGCCCACCGCCAUGCGACUGAGCUCAGUGUUGGCUCUGCUGCAACCAGCACUGCCCCUCAUCCUAGGGCUGUCUCUGGGGUGCAGCCUGAGCCUCUUGCGGGUUUCCUGGAUCCAGGGUGAGGGAGAAGAUCCCUGUGUAGUGGCUGUGGGGGAACCAGGAGGGCCACAGAAUCUAGACUCAGGAGCUCAGCUUGACCAAAGUGAUGAAGACUUCAAACCCCGGAUUGUCCCCUACUACAGGGAUCCCAACAAGCCCUACAAGAAGGUGCUCAGGACUCGGUACAUCCAGACAGAGCUGGGCUCUCGCGAGCGGUUGCUGGUGGCUGUCCUGACCUCCCGGGCCACACUGUCCACUCUGGCUGUGGCUGUGAACCGCACGGUGGCUCACCACUUCCCUCGGUUACUCUACUUCACUGGGCAGCGAGGGGCCCGGACUCCGGCAGGGAUGCAGGUGGUAUCUCACGGGGACGAACGGCCAGCCUGGCUCAUGUCCGAGACCCUGCGCCAUCUUCACACACACUUUGGGGCCGACUACGACUGGUUCUUCGUCAUGCAGGAUGACACGUAUGUGCAGGCCCCCCGCCUGGCAGCCCUGGCUGGCCACCUCAGUAUCAACCAAGACCUGUACCUGGGCCGGACGGAGGAGUUCAUUGGCGCAGGCGAGCAGGCCCGAUACUGCCACGGGGGCUUUGGCUACCUGUUGUCACGGAGCCUCCUGCUUCGAUUGUGGCCACAUCUGGAUGGCUGCCGAGGAGACAUCCUCAGUGCCCGUCCUGAUGAGUGGCUUGGCCGCUGCCUCAUUGACUCUCUGGGCAUCGGCUGUGUCUCACAGCACCAGGGGCAGCAGUAUCGCUCGUUUGAACUGGCCAAAAAUAGGGACCCCGAGAAGGAGGGGAGCUCGGCUUUCCUGAGUGCUUUUGCGGUGCACCCUGUCUCCGAGGGAACCCUCAUGUACCGGCUCCACAAGCGCUUCAGUGCUCUGGAGCUGGAACGAGCGUACAGUGAAAUAGAACAGCUGCAGGCUCAGAUCCGGAACCUGACCGUGCUGACCCCUGAAGGGGAGGCAGGCCUGAGCUGGCCCAUUGGGCUCCCGGCCCCUUUUACACCGCACUCUCGUUUUGAGGUGCUGGGCUGGGACUACUUCACAGAGCAGCACACCUUCUCCUGUGCAGACGGGGCCCCCAAGUGCCCACUGCAAGGGGCUAGCAGGGCAGAUGUGGGCGACGCCUUGGAGACUGCUUUGGAGCAGCUGAAUCGGCGCUAUCAGCCCCGCCUGCGCUUCCAGAAGCAGCGGCUUCUCAACGGCUACCGGCGCUUUGACCCAGCGCGGGGCAUGGAGUACACUCUGGACCUGCUGCUGGAAGCUGUGACGCAGCGCGGGCACCGGCGGGCCCUGGCCCGCAGGGUCAGCCUGCUGCGGCCCCUGAGCCGGGUGGAGAUCCUCCCCAUGCCCUACGUCACCGAGGCCACCCGCGUGCAGCUGGUGCUGCCGCUGCUGGUGGCCGAAGCCGCCGCGGCCCCUGCAUUCCUGGAGGCCUUUGCAGCCGGUGUCCUGGAGCCGCGAGAGCAUGCCCUACUCACCCUGUUGCUGGUCUAUGGGCCGCGGGAAGGGGGCCGAGGGGCCCCGGACCCGUUUCUUGGGGUGAAGGCUGCAGCGGCUGAGUUGGAACGACGGUACCCUGGGACGAGGCUGGCCUGGCUCGCUGUGCGCGCGGAGGCCCCUUCCCAGGUGCGGCUCCUGGACGUGGUCUCUAAGAAGCACCCCGUGGACACGCUCUUCUUCCUCGCCACCGUGUGGACCAGGCCCGGGCCCGAGGUCCUCAACCGCUGCCGCAUGAACGCCAUCUCCGGCUGGCAGGCCUUCUUCCCGGUCCACUUCCAGGAGUUCAGCCCCGCCCUGGCACCACAGAGAUCUCCCCAAGGGCCCCCGGGGGCCGGCCCCGACCCCCCGUCCCCCCCUGGUGCUGAGCCUGCCCGGGGGGCUCCCGUUGGGGGCAGGUUUGACCGACAGGCUUCCGCAGAGGGCUGCUUCUACAACGCUGACUACCUGGCGGCCCGAGCCCGGCUGGCUGGUGAGCUGGCGGGCCAGGAAGAGGAGGAAGCCCUGGAGGGGCUGGAGGUGAUGGAUGUUUUCCUCCGGUUCUCAGGGCUCCACCUUUUCCGGGCCGUGGAGCCAGGGCUGGUGCAGAAGUUCUCCGUGCGUGACUGCAGCCCUCGGCUCAGCGAGGAGCUCUACCACCGCUGCCGCCUGAGUACCCUGGAGGGGCUGGGGGCCCGCGCACAGCUCGCCGUGGCUCUGUUCGAGCAGGAGCAGGCCAAUAGCACGUAGCGCGGCCCGGGGCCCCGCGCCCCCACUUAGGGCCCUUUGGCCUUGGCCCCGGCAAGGCGGGGCAACACGGAUGGACAGAUGGAGGGCUUGUUGCUGUAUUUCCGAAUAAGAAAAUGUCAUUAAAAGUGUCUUCUGCCGAA